UCAGGAUGGCUUCUACAAGUAAAAGAAAUUCUGCAGUGAGAAUUCAAAAUACAUUUUGCCCUGAAGGUGGAGUCUGCAAGCACGGAUUCCUCAUCAAAUCACCACCUCUUCAACUCUUCAGCUCUCAGAAUUCCUGGAAAAGGCGUCUUUUUGUCCUGUCCAAAUCCAGCACAGGGAAUUACAUCCUGAAGUAUCUGAAAGGCCAACAUGUGAAAGGCUCCAUAGCUGUUGAUCAAAUGAUAAGUAUUGAAGCUGGCAUACGUAAUGCUGAAAAUAUGGAAACGGUGAGGAAGAUGUUUAAAUGCCUUCCUGAGCAGGUGAUGUCCAUCAGAACUGGAAGCAGAUGUUACUACCUCAUUGGGGACAGCAGGCAGGAAAUAGAGGACUGGGUCACUCUGAUAUCUUCAGUCUGCAGGGAGGACAAAAGAAGUGGAUGCUGCCCUCAGAACCAAGACCUUCCAAAUCCAGAAGUCAGAAGCCGGCCUUCCUCUUUGCCACUAUCCUUGAAUUCUAUAGAUAUGACCAGCAGUCCAGACAGGCAGAGCUACCAGAAGGAGAAUGGUUCCUCAGAAGACAAGAACAGGCCUUACUCAGAUCCUGGCCCCCAUCAGGCUCAGUGUGACUCACCAAGAGAAGUUUCUCCAAGCCUGGAUAACAUUCUGGGAAGAAGUGAGGAAAAUCUGCUGUUGUCAGAUCCAGAGGAAAACACCAAAAAGGAUGAAGAAGAUUAUUACCAAACUCCCAGCAGUGUUUUAGCACAGUGCACAACUGAAGUAUCAAAGCCUGACCCUACAGCUGAGUCUGAUGUCCCUGUGCAGGAGAUGCCAGUGCAGAAGAACCCAGUGAAGGAGAACAUUUACAUGUCAAUGAAAUCACUGUAACUCACGUGCAGACGUGAUGGACUCCCAUCCCCUCCCAAAUUCCAGAACAACAGCCCAAGAGACUUGGAAGCAGACAAAGACACAGAAUUCCCAGAAAGCAGCACCAGCCUGCAGCCAACCCUCCAGAGAAGACAAAACUCUCUACCCCUCUCAGUGGUUCACUUGUCUAUAUUGCUCAGUCAAGUUACAGAUGAGAUGCAGCUGCAGAAAUUGGAUAUUUUCGUACCCCUGGCUGAUAUUAACAAUUACCUAAAACUUACAGAAGCAGCAGGACGAAUAUGCGUCUCACAGUGGGCUGGUCCUUGCAGGCUGGGGUGUUUGUUUAACCACGGAGAUCACCUGGUGGCUGUGAAUGAUCUGCAGCCCCAGGGUGUGGAGGAGGCUUACUUCUUCAUCAGCAGGUCCACGAGGAAGGAGGUGAAGCUUACUGUAUGUAGGAUUCCACAUUCAGACAUCUUCCACGCUAAAGGCUGCUCAUGUUCCUGA